AUUUUUCUUUAGGAUUUUAGACACUGCAGCUUGGAAAGUUUAGAAGGAUUUGAAGGCAGAGUUUUAUAGACCCAUGAUUAUAGAAGAUUCCAGGAAAUAUGUGACAAAAUCAAAAAUGUCUCCAUGUGAUUGGUUCAUCAUAGAAUCAUCAUGCCUUGUGACACACCACCCCCACCUCCAGGAUUAGGAACAGCUGAUGGAGAUGAUAUGGAUGAAGAUGUUGAUGAACAAGCAUAUUGGAUUGUUAAUGAAGAUGAUAUUGAAGAAAUACCUUUGAAUGAUGAUUCAAUUCUUACUUUUGAAUGCCACAGAGAUUCAGUUUUUUGCUGUAAUUUUAAUAAAAAUGGAGAUCUUGCUGUUUCUGGAGGACAAGAUGAUAAAGCUUUUGUAUGGAAUACAACUAACGCAGAAACAAAAUUUGAAUGCACUGGCCAUUCUGAAUCUGUAAUUGCUGCAGAUUUUAGUUAUGAUGAUUCUUUUGUUGCUACUGCUGAUAUGAAUGGAUUUGUUCAAGUUUGGAAUGUAAAUUCAGGAUCUAAAGUUUGUGAUUUUGAUACAUCUGAAAUAAUGUGGAUGGAAUGGCAUAAUACUGAGAAUAUGUUAUUUGCUGGCACAACGGAUGGUUGUUGUUGGAAAUGGGGUAUACCUGAUGGAGAAACUUCAUUAUUUCAGACUCAUGGAUUUGGUAGCUCAAGUGGCAAGUUAUUACCUGAUGGUUGCACAUGUGCUAUUGGUUAUAUGGAUGGCAGCAUAAAAUUAUGGGAUAUAUCUAACUGCUGUAGUAUUGGAAAUGUGUCUGGUCCUGCUGCUCAUAAAAAGUCUGUUUUGUGUUUGGCCUGCCAUCCAAACAAUGGUUUAAUUCUUUCGGGUUCAGAAGAUGGUACAGCUAAACUUAUAAAGCAGUCGACCAGUAAAGUGCUGUGGACCCUAGACUGUACUGAUGUCCAGAAUGCAGUAAAUGGAGAAUCUGUUGAAAGUGUUGGAUUUUUUGAUAGUCACCCUCAUGCUGCAACUGGGACAAAUUGUGGUAAUUUAAUUAUUUGGGAUAUUCCAUCUCAAGUUAAAAGAUCUACAUGUAAAUUAGAGGUUGCAAUUGUUAAACUCAUAUGUGAUAAAAACUCUCAUCUGAUAUACGUUGGAUCAGCUAAUGGAGAGCUUGAACUGUAUGAUGGACGAACAGGACACUGUGAAAAAAAAUGGGCUGGUCAUGAGCUUAGCAUUUUAGAUUUCACUUUAUCAAGGGAUGGAGAGAAGAUUUUGACAUCUUCAGAUGACUACUCUUGUAAAAUUUUUAAAGUAAGGUAAAAGAAGGGGAAAGAAAAGAAACACUGUGUACAUUUGUAUUGUUAAUAAAAUAUAUUAUACAUUUA